AUGAAAUCGUCCGACAUCGACCAGGAGUUGUUCACAGAGAGUUACUGCAAAGUGUGCAGCGCCCAGCUGAUCUCGGAGUCCCAGCGCGUGGCCCAUUACGAGAGUCGGAAACAUGCCAGCAAAGUUCGCCUCUAUUAUAUGCUUCAUCCCGUAGAUGGAGGCUGUCCAGCUAAAAAGCUCCGAUCAGAAAACGGCAGUGACGGUGACUCAGUGGAUAAGAACAAAUGCUGCACGCUGUGUAACAUGUCCUUUACCUCGGCAGUGGUGGCCGACUCUCAUUACCAAGGGAAGAUCCAUGCCAAAAGGCUAAAACUGUUGCUGGGUGAGCAGCCAGCAUUAAAGGCCACAG